GUCGCUGAGAACUACAGCCCCCAGAAUUCCUCUGCAGGAUAACGUCUCUCCUGGGAGUGAGCUGAGCCAGUGGGCAGGCAUUAAGGCUGAGCAUUGUGUCCUAUCUGGCAGUUUUCCUGCUCAGCCGUCAGUAGAGGCAACUGCCCCCCACCCACUCGCCCCCAGAGCACCACAGCAGCAAGAGCAUCAUCCCCAGACCCCGCCUCAUCCCCUGUCCUUGUUUUUGCCUGUCAUUCUCUCACACACUCAGAACAGCAGCCGCCACACUGCAAUGAAUGAGCAUCCACAGCUGAGGAGAAGGCUAGGCGUUUCCAGAUGCCUCCCAGGAACCUUGCCCAGGAUUUCUCUCUGGCACUGCCAUUGACUGCCCACACACCGGGGGGAUUGGGUACAGUUCUCAUCUCUCAUUUACCCCCUUUUUCGUCAUUGCUGCAGAUCCCCUUCCUUUUCUGUACAAGCUAGAACGGCUGCUGUCUAUCUCAUGGGGGCUGAGCAAUGAAGCUCCUGCAAUUUCUAAGGAGAUGCCACCAGGGGAUUAUUACGCCCAGUAGAUCCUUCUGUUCAGGAAAGCAAAGGUGAGGAGGCAAAUCCUUACUAUAGAUGUACCGGAGCUUCCGUGAUUUCUGAGGUGUGUCUGAGUGUAGCCUUGGGAUAAACAAAAGCACCAGACAGGAGCAGCACUAGAGGAGGAGAGUCAAGAUGAACAGCAAAGCCAAGAGCAGUGAGGCCCUCAAGGUAGUGGUCCGAUGCCGCCCCACCAACAGGAGAGAGGAGGCAGCUGGGUAUGACAGCAUUGUGGCUAUGGAUAUUAAACUGGGGCAGGUGACUAUGAGGCAUCCAAGGGCAAAUCCAGGGGAACUGCCAAAGACGUUCACGUUUGAUGCCGUAUAUGAUGCCAACUCAAAGCAGGCAGACUUGUACGAUGAGACAGUUAGACCUCUGAUUGACUCGGUACUGCAGGGAUUCAAUGGCACCAUAUUCGCUUAUGGGCAGACCGGCACCGGAAAGACCUACACUAUGCAAGGUGUUUGGGCCGAGGCCGAGAAAAGAGGAGUGAUCCCUAACACUUUCGACCAUAUAUUCACUCACAUCUCCCGGUCCCAAAACCAGCAGUAUUUGGUCAGGGCGUCUUACCUCGAAAUCUACCAGGAGGAAAUCAGAGACCUUUUGUGCAAAGACCAGAACAAGAAGCUAGACCUCAAGGAGAAUCCCGAGAGCGGGGUUUACAUUAAGGACCUCUCUUCUUAUGUGACAAAGAACGUAAAGGAGAUUGAACAUGUCAUGAAUUUGGGAAACCAGUCGCGGUCUGUAGCCUGCACCAACAUGAAUGAGCACAGUUCGAGGUCCCACACCAUUUUUGUCAUUACGGUGGAGUGCAGUGAAAUGGGAGUGGAUGGGGAAGAGCAUAUACGAGUGGGCAAACUCAACCUGGUGGACUUAGCUGGCAGUGAAAGACAAAGCAAAACAGGAGUAAAUGGCGACAGGCCUAAAGAAGCUUCAAAAAUUAACCUCUCACUUUCAGCAUUGGGUAAUGUGAUAUCGGCCCUGGUUGAUGGAAGGAGCACCCAUAUUCCUUACAGAGACUCCAAACUCACCCGCUUGCUUCAGGAUUCUCUAGGGGGCAAUGCAAAAACCAUUAUGGUGGCAACUUUGGGUCCAGCUUCAGUUAAUUAUGAUGAGACCCUGUCCACCCUCAGAUUUGCCAAUAGGGCUAAGAACAUCAAGAACAAGCCUAGAAUCAACGAGGACCCAAAGGACACUUUAUUGAGGGAAUUCCAAGAGGAAAUUGCUCGACUAAAAGCCCAGCUGGAGAAACGAGGGAUGCUGAGUAAGAAGAGAAGAAGGAACAGCCGCAGAAAAAAGUCAGUGGAUGGAGACGGAACUCCAGAUACAGAGAUAGAAGAAGACAAUGAAGACAAACUCAUUGAGAAGAACGUUGGAUGUUAUCUGAAGGAGCAGGCUGAGAGGAUUGAGCAGGAGAAGGCCGCAAUCCAAGAUGAUCACAGUCUGUUGGCAGAGGAAAAACUGAAGCUGAUAGAAGAGAAAGAGAAGAUGAUGGAUGAUCUGACCAAUGAGCAGAAGGCUACUGAGAUGCUGGCUGUGAAAUUCAAGUCAAUGGAGAGCAAGCUUCUGGUGGGAGGAAAAAACAUCAUGGACCACACCAAUGAGCAGCAGAAGAUGUUGGAGAUAAAGAGACAAGAGAUAGCAGAGCAGAAACGCAGAGAGCGAGAGAUUCUACAGCAAAUGCUCCUGCGUGAUGAAGAGACGGUGGAGCUUCGGGGGACCUACACGUCUCUGCAGCAGGAGGUAGAAAUGAAGACCAAGAAACUGAAGAAGCUCUAUGCCAAACUGCAGGCAGUGAAAGGUGAGAUCCAGGACCAACAUGAUGAAUACGUGCGGGUGAGACAAGACCUCGAGCAGGCUCAGAAUGAACAGACCAGGGAGCUGAAGUUCAAGUACUUGAUCAUUGAGAACUUCAUUCCACCAGAAGAGAAAAAUAAGAUCAUGAACCGACUUUACUAUGAUUCUGAAGAGGACCAGUGGAAAUUCCAGCCUCUCGUGCCCCCUGGGAAUGGCAAUGGAGGGAAUGACACAAUGAAAAGGCGUCCAUUAUCUGCCGUGGGAUAUAAGAGACCAAUAAGUCAGUAUGCGCGGGUCGCCAUGGUAAUGGGAUAUCAUCCCAGAUAUCGGGCUGAAAACAUUAUGUUCCUUGAACUGGACCUGAGCCCUCCUACAGUGUUUGAGAUGGACUUCUCUAAGGAUCGGAGUGAGCAGGACCCCCGGGCCCUACACUUGGAAAGACUCACUCGCCUUGACAAACUCAUGGAGCGUCCAGCUGCUGCGCGAGUCCGGAAAUCCAGAUCUUGGUGUCAGCAGCCGAAGCUUCUUCCGUCCUCAACCACCCACAUCUCCCUGACGUCGAGCAGCCAAAGGUGCCCUCUGUCUCCCACCCACGAGUAGCACGACCUUCCAUCGAUAGCCCCACCCAAGCACUAAACUUUAUUCUCGUCUUUCGCUUCCAACAGACUAACCAGCCGGGUCUUAUCCUUAAUGUCCUUGUUAUUCACAAUGGAGCUUGGAUCUUAGCUGAGCAAAGAACACUAUAAUUUAAUGGAUGAACAUAUUUAUUUAUUUAUUGAUGUGGAUGGACUCAGUUUCGGACUGGGAUGCCAGGUGCCCACCAGAAAACCU